AUGCCUCGAUUUUUCCGCGACCCCGGUGAGGAUAGUGAGGCCUCCGAGAUCCCAGCAGGAAUUCACGGUGUGCCAGACACUAGCGCUAUUGACCCUGUACCGGCAGACGCCGAGGAGUACAUCACUAUUGCGGGCGGCGGAGAUGGCGAGGAAACAGCUGAACCCUCGUCAUCCUUUGCUUUGGACUCCGCCAUCAGGACCGACGUCGCGGUAGGUUGCAGCCUAGUUUUGGUUUGGUCGGAAGACGGCUCUUUGCGUGAGAUCCAGGAGCUCCGUUUGCCAUCAGAUUUCAAGGCCCUACAGCUUUCUGUUGACUAUCACAAUUGCUUGGAUUUGGCACGUGGGCGCAGUGGCAAGUGGGUCAGGUCGAGCGUCACGUACGGACUUCCGUUGGACAGCGAAGACUACGGGCAAAACUAUCGAAACGACAGUGAAGGCACAGCUGCUUUCUCCAAGGUGAUGGCGCCGCUGAUGGAGAUCUCUCCGCUUUGGGUGGCUUUGUUCUUGUUCUAUAUUUGUUUCACGUACUUCGCUGUGCUCAAUGUGGUGACAGGAGUCUUCUGCCAGACAGCCAUCGAAAGCGCGCAGAAUGACCACGCGGCAGUUGUGCACUCCAUCUUGAAGAACAAGCAAGCCCACAUUAAGAAGAUCCGGGCACUCUUCAGCUGUCUGGGUGACGACCAAACAGGCAUCAUUACCUUCGCCAUGUUCGAAGAGAAGAUCAACUCCCCGGCCGUGAAAGCCUACUUCGAGGUCCUAGGGCUCGACGUUUGGGAUGCGUGGUCUUUCUUUAAGCUCUUGGACCUCGAUGACGGAGGUGAUGUGGAGAUUGAGGAGUUUCUGAUGGGCUGUCUUCGCUUGCGCGGCACGGCGCGCGCCAUCGACGUCAACAAGCUCAUCCAUGACCAGACCUGGCUCAUUCGUUCACAUGGCAAGUUCCAGACCUACGUGGAGGUGGAGCUCAAGAAGAUUCAAGAGCAGCUGCUGUGGAUGGCAGGCCUCAGCCCGCCAGAGCAGUCCUACACUCUGGGGAGCUUGUCGAGCAGUACUGGAAGUGGAAGUUGUGGACUGCGCAACAGCCGUCAGCGGCCAUCGCAACGAUCACAGCUGGCUACUCCAGACACAAAGGAUAGCUGA